GUGUAUACAAAGAUGUUCUCUAUCAUUCGUUCCUUAUCAUGAUCAGCACCAAUUGUAGUUGAAGACCACAACCGCGCACGAGACCGAGUUCUCCCAUUGGGUGGGGGGGGGAAAUGGGGAGGUGUUUUUGGAUCCCACCACCAACUCUUCCCAUGAUUUUGUACAUCUGGGUGUGUUUGAUCCCCCUCUUCCACAGGUUUACACAAGAUGAAGAAGAAACGUUGGUCAUAGAAAGACUCUUAUACCUCAAGGAAAGAGAACCAUCAAAAGUCACACAUGAAGUAGGUCCAAGAUCACAUGACCGGUGCGAUGCAUCGCGUUACACCCACACAUCAAUCAUCUCGAGAGGUGAACGGAGCUCGAGCAUCGUCACGCGCGCCUGUUCUCGCACGUGCUUCUGCCUUGGUUUGGUGACCAGUCUGGCAAGUCUUGGCCGCCAAGGAGACCCUGAGUGUUGAGUCCAGAGGAACUGAAUUUUCCGCCCAUUCGAGGCUCUGACCACGUUUUCGCAGCUAACUCAACAACCAGCCAUCGUACUACAGAAAAAACACCGGGAUUAGCUGCAUCUCAUCGGAGAGAAUAUUUCAUGGGGUUUUGGAGAAACAUCUCCCUUUUCUCAUCGAAGUAGUGGUGGGGUCUGCGAGCAGAGUUAGAAAAAGUCCGGACCGUCAUCAACCAAUG